UUGAAAUGCCUUGUGUUUAGAGGGUUUUUAACCUUAAAAAUAAAAAAUAUAUUAGGAAAAAGAAGAUAAGCUGAGAGAUGAAUAAAAACAAAAGAAAGUUCAAUGAUUCCAACAGAGGUUCUAAGCGUUUUUGUCAAAAUUUUGGACAUGAACAAAGAAAUCCGAAGGAUAUCAUUAUACCGACAAAAAAAUCCAUAUUUGCUGGAAGCUCGAGAGGUGGUCACAGCAGAGGAAAUGACUCUUCUCGGUCACUGGAUGCGUACAUGCCACAAGGUGUGAAUGUUUACGACUAUGCAGAAUCUCGAGCUCUGGAGAUGAAAAAUCUCAAACGUGCAUUAACGGAGGCUAAAUUUUCUCAAGAUAUGAGAGCAUUUCAGCAAUUGCCACGACAUAUGAGAAGAAGAGCAGCUAGCCACGACGUGAAGAGAUUGCCAAAAUAUUUGAGAAACAGAGCAUUGAAAGAGAUGGAUGAACCAGCAUCGAAAAAGAAAUCUCGCAAAUUUAAACGACGUCCAAAGAAUUUGGUAGAAGAGUACACAAGACGAAGUAAAAACCAUUUUUGGCUGGAAACUCAUAUAUGGCAUGCGAAGCGCUUUAAAAUGGUGGAAAAAUGGGGUUACAAAAUAGCACAGCAGCCAUGUGAUAAAAGUUUUCGUGCUACAUAUAGAGCUGCAACACAGACUUGUUUGUUACAGGAUAAAUCGUUCAUGGAGUUUAUUGAGUUCGCUGGCAGUGAGGAACACAUAAUUGAAGUAUUAAAACAGAUGUGCCCACCAGGUGCAGAAAAACUCCUAACAACAGAGAAAGUGCUGAGUGGAAGUUGUUAUGAAGAGAUUAUCUUGUAUCAGUGCAAUCAACAUCCUUACAAAGCAGUGGGACCUGUAAAAUUUAUAUGGACGAGUAACAACACUGAUGCAGUCAAGCGUUUAGUGUUAAUCAGUCAUCCUUCUAUCUCAUCAGAAGUACUACACGAAGUCAGGAGUAUAAGUUCUGACAGAAUAACGAUUGGAGUGAUUGUGGAUGUUAAGAUGGAGGACGAUGGAAGUGUAAACACAAGCCAACAAACUGAAAUAAACAACUGUAUGCAAACACCAGAAAAUAAUCUAGAUGUUAAACCCAACCAAACACACAUACUUAAGAAUGUCUCCAAUUAUAACAAAAAUGACACACAAGCGCUAGAGAAUGUUCCUUAUGUUAAAGCUAACUGCACACAAACAGAGCAGAAGGAGAAAUUACCUCAUAUUUUUGUUACCAAACGUGUUUUAGACUUUGUCGUGUUCUCGUUAACCGGUCCAAUAAGUCAUAAAAUUCUCAAUAAUGUUUUCACCUUUCCCAACCAGAGUGAUGAUUCUACACAUAAUAAACAUUCAAAUAAAUUAUGGGAAAGUUUGUCCACUGAUGAAGUAUGUGCACAGCACAAUUCUAUUUUUAACUUGAUUGUUGAAGAUCCUAGGUUUCACAUCCCAUACAAAAAAAAGAAUCCACACAAGCUACCUACACAUUUAGCUCAAAAGUCUACUGUGGUUGAGCACUGUAACACUCCAUCUCUGCUAUGGAAUAAAGACAAUCGUGAGAAAAUAAAAAGUGAAAAGAAGACAGAUCUUGAAAUUAAUUCCCUCCGGAAUGAAUACCUCCUUCCUGGAAGUAAACUACCAAUAUCAAGCCCAAAGAUUCCAGUUGUGGUACUUCAAAGACCUUGUGUAACUGUCAAUCAAACAUCCACUGGUGGUGGUGAUAGGUCUUAUAAUGGAGGAUUAGAUAUCUUGUUGCCAGCCAACUGGGCAAUGCCAUUUUGGGUAGCAUUAACAUAUCAAGGUGCUCGUGCUGGAGGUUUGAGAGAGGAGGAGAACGUAGAUUUGGAAUGUCUGCUUCCAUAUUUUCCCAACAGCUUUCCUGAUACAUCUGCUGGACGAGAAGUUGCUAAGAAAAAAAAGAAGGAAGCAGAAGAUAACCACAUGAGACAUCCACCAAACAACAGAUGCAACUAUGAUGUAUUGGGCAUCAAAAACCCUUUUGCAUUACCAUGGCAAGAUCUGCUCAAUGAAUGGCGAUACAACUUGACUGCGCUUUUACCAAACUUGAAAGAUAUUGUCAAUUACAGGAAGGAAGAUUUUUACGUGUUACGUGAUAACGCGGUAUUAAAUGACUUGAACAAGUUCUUUACACAAGAAUCAAAGGAUACGGACAAGAAAUUGUUAGAUUUGAUGUUAAAUUAUGCAAACUGUCUUGUUCCUGUACGUGUGUAUGCUUUGAAGAAGGGUUGCCCUGAAAUGAAUGCACCACUGUGUAUACCUCUACAAAAGGAUAUUGAGUAUAUUAACAGAUCUGAAGACUUAGAUAAUGAUGUAGGACCGCUUGAGCCUAAACAUGGUGGAUUAAAACACCUAUUUCCUUAUAUUUGCAAACAGCAUGAAAUAUUACGUCACAACGCGCUGACUAUUGGUUGUAAUACGAGGUGGGUUAUUGGUUAUGUGCAGGAUGGAAGAUAUUCACUAGCUCGUGGAAAGGGUGCAGCUAUUGGUUUUGUGAGUAUGCUUGGAUUGCGGUAUCUUGUGGACACCAAUACUGAGUUCAAGUUGUUGUUUCGUAACAUAGGAUCCUUUCAAUACCGUUUUUGCAACUUUGAAGUUAUGACCAGUUCAUAAUGGCCGAUUUCAUGUUUUUUAUAAUUUUUUAAGAUCGGUUACAUAACUUAUUGGAUGAAAUAUUUCUCUAAUGUUUUUUGGCACGUUAGAGUGUUAUUGUGUUUUUUGUGGAAAUUUGCAAAAUCUAGGAGCAAUUAUUCCUAUCUCCCAAAAUAAUAUUUCUAUCUAUUCUGUGUGUUUAGUGAUGUAUUUUACGUCCUUAUUUCGACUUGUAAGAACACCUAAAAUUUAUGACUAUCGUAGCAAGAUUGACAAUUUUUGUCUUAGGCUCAGCUGGCUAGCAUGAAAAAAAAUUGACAAAAAAGUAUUAUGGUAAAGUGUCAUGCUUUUUUAAGUAUUAAAACUACCUUCCUACAUGUUAAUUUUCUGCAUCAUGAUAUAAUGAGAAAAGUAUUUGGUUUUUUAUGUAUUUUGCAUCAUUUUUUAUGGUGUUGUUUUAUAUAUAUAUUUAUAUAUAUCAUAUAGUUUAUCAUUCUCAUGAAUACAUUUACAACUUACAAGAAUAA